AUGGACGCAGAGUCCCCCGCCAGCGAGGCAUCCUCAGACGACGACAUCUUUACUCCAUCAACCUCGGAAUCGGCCGAUGUUGCAGAGAUAGAGGAGCCUGUACAAGAGCCCAUCCCAGCCUGCUCAAUCCAGCCUGUCGUCCCGCAGAGCAGUCAGUCGCUUCAUCCCCUUCUCGUGCAGGGAUCGACGUACAAAUACCCAAGAAACUCCACCAUUCCUCUGACGCCGGUCAUCAAAGAAGACGAACUAGACUGCGCUGAAGCAAAGGAGGAUGUUCUGGGCAAAUAUAAGGAAAGAUGCAACGUCAUGUCGAGCAGGAUUGAGCGCCUCGAAAAGGAAAACCGUCAACUGCAGACCCGCUUUGUCACCGAACAAACACUGAAGACACGCAAGACAUUGUCCCUUCAGGCCAAGGAGAAGGAUCUCUGCAUGGUUCAGGAAGCCUUUUGGAAGCUUUGGGAAGCCCACCGUCGCCAGUUGAACAGUGGUUUGGAGGCCAACGGUAUGGAGGGCCUCUCUUGGGGGGCAAACGAUGCAGGGAUUUUUCUUUGCAGCUUGGAUCUCGGAAAGGACUCUUGA